AUGGCCUCGAGCCUCACACCAGCGACACAGGCCCCGGAUGGCCACAUUAGCAACCUCAUCAACCCUGCUGGUGUCGGGUUUCGCAUCACCAUCACCAACAUUGUCUGCAUAGUUCUCUUCAUGAUUGUUGUAGUUCAGCUUGAACACAAAUGCAUCAACCGAACAGCAUUAUACAUCGCCUACACUGUCAUGAACAGCAUAAGCACUUGGUGGAUCUUACUAAUGCCCAUGCCAAUCGUUUGGAGCCUCGCCUUGAAGAACGACCAAAAAUACCUUCUCACCUCUCUCUUCGCCCUCGGCUCAUUACCUUGCGUGACCAGCAUCGCCAGACUAAAAGUCCUGGUGGACUGGCUUCACCAUGGGGCAAACAACAACGACAUAACCUACACGUUAUGGAAUAUAGUCAUUUGGACCCCACCAGCCNAACUCGAACUCACCGUCUGCAUGAUCUGCGCCUGCGGCCCCACCCUCCGCACCUUUGUCGACCGCCAGAUAAAAAUCGUAAAAACCCUCACCAGCGAGCGCAGCUGGAGCAAAUCCUGGGUCUCUCGCAGCUGGUCCAAGAGCUGGGGCAGCAAUUCCUCUUCACAAUCCCACUCUGCCUCUCACCACUACUCCUAUGCCACCGACACCAGUAUCGCAAAAUCCACUCGAGCAGGCAGUGACGCAAGUCACCUUCCCAACUUUAUCGAGUUACUGCAAGGCAGAGGGACGAAAAAUAAAGCGCUGAUUACCAGUCGUGAUGUUGGUGGUGAGACGGCGAGUAUGGAGCAUAUUGUUGACGAAGAAGAGUUUCGGGUCAAACCUGAUCAAGAGGGGAUUAUGGUGCAUACGUCCUAUCAGGUUAGGACUGUGAGGGAAGAUGUGUAG